AAUCCGUAGACCCGCCCCCCCCGGACGACGAACACGAGAAGCAGCAGGCCAAGCCAAUCCGUCGGCUUCCCGCAGUCCCUCCCCCAAAUCCAAAUCCCCCCGCGAUCCCCGAAACCCUACCCUUCAGCGCCGCCACCCGACCGCUCCGCCGCCUCCGUCGCGCUCCCGCAAUCCAGGGCCGCCUGGCGAUGGUUUUGGAGCGGGAGGUUUGAGCUCUUCUGGGAAUCGAUUUUGCGAGGCUUUUGAUGGGUUCGGACGGAGAAGGCCGCGGCUCGAAGGCCGCGGCGGCGACUAGGCCGCGGAAGAGGCAGCUGGUGAUGGAGUCCAGCGACUCCGAGGAUGACGAGUUCUGCAUCUCCACGCGGCAGAAUGCUAGUGGUGCCGCGUCGGUGGGCAAUGCCGGUGCCGGCAGCCAAGGUGGUGGCGAUCAGUCGGGGGAGAAACCCGUGACUGCUAGUCCUGAGAAGGUUUCAGGGGUUAAGUCCAGUGGUGGAGAUGGUUUAGAGAAGAAAACGGGAGUUGAGCUGGAGAGUAGUAGUUCGCAGCCCGCUGCCAAGAGGAUCAGAGUUGAGACUGUUCAUGGUGAUGGCAGUGGACGUAGUGGAGGUGCAUCUAAGAGUGGAACUGGGGGGAAAAUGCUGCCCCGGGGGCUCCCGACAUGGCGGUUUGAGAGGCCAGAGGUAAGGGGAGGGCGUGUUUUGGAUGACAAAGGUGGGGUGGUGGGCAUGAAGGCAAGCAGCGCCUCAAAGAUGAAGGAGCAAGCAUCUAGUUUGGGUGACAAGAGGAGACACGUGGAGCUGCAGAAACAUGAAAGACGGGCGCCAUUGAAAACUGAUCAGGGCAAAUCCAUUGAUUCUGGCCAACAUGAGGUUUUAAGGUUGCAAGGGAAAAGGGGUGUUUUAAGGAUAUUGCCAAAGCAUGACAAGGUGGCCAGGGAUACUGGUGGUGGUAAGAUUCUGUCGAGGCAAACUGAGGUGGAUGUGGAGACUGGUAAAUGUAGGAUUCCAACAAAGAGUGGUGUUUUAAAGCUCCUGCCGAAGAACAAUGGUGCGGCGAUGGAGAGUAAUGAUUGCAAGCUUAUGUCCAAGAAGGUUAAUAAGGUGGAUGAGGAAACUGGGGAUGACAAGAUGCCAAUGAAGAACACCAAGGUGGUUGAUAAGGAAACCAGUGAUGGCAAGACCCUUGCAAUUAAAACUAAGUUGGAUGGAGAGUUUGGUGGCCACAAGGUACCAAUGAAGAACUCUACCGUGGACAUGGAAACUGUUACUGAGAAGUUUCAGCACAGGAACAGCAAGGCAGAUGGAGAAACCAAAGAGAGAUAUAAAGGAUAUGAAGAGAAAAGUGGUGCCCCUGCAGAAUUUCGGAAGCAGGAUGCAAAUGGUGAGAAGAGAGUUGUGGGAAAGCUACUCUCUCCUGUUGCGCUGAGGAAAAGUGAUCCAAGCGUAGUGGGAGUUUCUUUGGGCCCGAAAAUGAAACAACAAAGUUCAAAGCAACAAUUGAAGAACUAUUCUCUGAGCUUGAAAGAUGAUAGCACUAAACCAAGUGAACAGAAGAAUCUGAAAAAGCGAUUGCUUGAGCAUAAAGGGUCGUCAGAGAGUUUGUCAAAGAAGGCACAAUCGAAAGCUGUUGAUCUGCAAGGCACAUCUGGCCCUGUGCUCAACAAGCUUGGAAUGAAGAAGCCAAGGGGAGGACCCCUCUACACACACAAGCAGGAUCUCAGGAACAAGAUAAAACGUGUGCUUUUAGAUAAUGGGUGGAAAAUUGACUUAAGGCAGAGGAAAAACAAAGAUUAUGAAGACUCAGUCUAUGUUUCUCCUGCCGGGGUUGGCUAUUGGUCAAUCACUAAGGCUUAUGCAGUUUUCCAAGAACAGUUUCAAAAUAUGGGCCGCUCAUCUAAACUUAAUAAUACUAAACCAGGUGCUUCAGAUGCCAUAUCGAAGGAUGAUCUAGCAUUGCUAAAAAAGAAUAUAGUUAAGAGAAGGACUAAUAAAGAAAUCUGUAGCGCUGAAAAGAAACCUGGGGUUAGCAGAAACAGAAGCAGAAGCUCAAAAGAUAUCCUUGCUAAUAGAGGUUCUAGAAACAAGCAUCAGAACAAGGAGGAUAGGGUAAAAGAUCGGAGGUGUGGGCUUCUUGUCCGCGGGAGUACCCAUGAUGCAGAAGAUAACAUGGAUGGCUAUAUUCCAUAUGAAUGGAAGCGUACAGUAUAUUCAUGGAUGAUAGAUCUGGGGGUUGUUUCUGAAGACAUGCAGGUCAAAUACAUGAACAACAAUAGAACCAGGGAAAUGUUGGCAGGUAAAAUUACCAGGGAGGGUAUUUUCUGUGGGUGCUGUUCCAAGAUUCUCACAGUAGGGAAGUUUGAACUUCAUGCUGGUUCAAAAGAGAAGAAGCCCUAUGCAAACAUCUUUCUGGAAGGUGGUAAGGUAUCUUUGUUGCAAUGCUUACUUGAUGCAUGGGAGAAGCACACACUAUGUGAAAAUAAGGGAUUUUACAAGAUAGAUAAGGGCGAGGAUGAACAUGAUGAUACUUGUGCUAUUUGUGGGGAUGGUGGUGAUUUGGUGUGCUGUGAUCACUGUGCUUCCACUUUUCAUUUGGAUUGCUUGGGAAUUAAGCUCCCCUCUGGCGAUUGGUAUUGUCGCAGCUGUUUAUGUAGGUUCUGCGGUUUUCCCCAAGAAAAGCCAUCAUCUUCUCCUGAGUUGUUACUUUCUUGUUUGCAAUGUUCAAGGAAAUAUCACCAAACUUGUUCAUCUGGAACUGGGACAGACUUUGAUUGUACCAUACCUGGCACCUCUAUUGAUUGCUUUUGCAGUCCAGGAUGUAGAAAGAUUUAUAAACGACUAAACAAGCUUCUUGGGAUAAAGAAUCAUAUGGAGGCUGGAUUUUCGUGGAGUCUGGUUCACUGUUUUCCUAAUGAUCAGGCCAUGCCCCCCAAAAAUAAAGAAAAAAUGGCACAGUGCAACUCCAAGAUAGCCCUCGCUUUCACAGUUCUGGAUGAGUGCUUUCAGCCACACAUUGACGAGAGAAGUGGAAUUAAUAUGAUUCACAAUGUUGCAUAUAAUUGUGGUUCUGAUUUCAGUCGUUUAGACUUCAGUGGUUUCUAUGCAUUUAUCCUGGAACGGGGUGAUGAAGUAAUAUCAGCGGCAUCUGUAAGGAUUCAUGGAACUGAUUUAGCGGAAAUGCCAUUCAUAGGCACAAGAGGCAUGUAUAGGCACCAAGGGAUGUUGCGUCGGCUACUGAAUGGAAUUGAAUCGGCCCUUUGUUCCCUUAAUGUUCAGAAACUAGUAGUAUCUGCUGUGACUGAAAUGGAGAAUACUUGGACAACUGUUUUUGGUUUUAAGCCUGUUCAACCUUCCAAGAAACAAAGAAUCAAGUCGUUAAAUCUCUUGAUUAUGAAUGGGACCGGUCUACUAGAGAAGAGGUUGCUGCAAACACAAACAGUUGAUGGACAGAUCACUACCAAGACAGCUAAUACUGUUGGAUCUAAUAAGAUGGAUGCUAAAAUGCUUGGUGAAGCAAGUGGAUCUGUGACACCUGUUCAUGUUUCUAGUGUACAUGAUGCCGCUGACAAUCUUGAAAUUAAGCGUCAUGAGAGUUCUCAUCCUUUAGGAAACUCUGCAGGCUCGACAUUGGAUGAGUCUCCUGCUGCAGAAGAAAAUGAAGCGAAAAAAACUAUAGAAAGGACAUUUUCGGUAUCCAUAGGUGAUGGUAAGACAGUUAAGUUGCAUACACUUCCUGGAGCUAAUUGUGGAGUCAACAUGCAGUGCAUGGCUGAAGCAGAAAACAUUCAAGAAGAGAAAUACAAAGAAACCAAUGGGAGAUCGAUUGCUGAAAAUACUAUCUCAGAACAGAAGUGUGAAGAUAAAUCUAAUUCCAGCCAUUCAAAUUCAUUUGCUACUCCGGUGACUGUGGAUCAAUAUUCUUGUUUAUCUAAUGAGAUUGGGAAAGGUGAAAACUGUUUAUCUAGUGAACUUUCUGUUGGAGCUGCUCCCAUAACAGGCAAAACUGAAUCUAAUUUGACAUCUGUCCAUCGUGCUAAUCAAGAGGAUGAGAAAGCUUACGCAGCUCCUGUGGACACUAAAAUACCUUCAGCCAUUAUGGAUGAAAAUCCUGAUAAGCAUGAAUUUAAAACUAUGGUUGUAGGAUAUAGUCAAAUCUCAAUGGAAGCUAAAAGCUUGGAAGAUAAGACUGCUAUUGUAAAUGGAACCUCAAUGGAUGCCUAUAGAGAUAAAGGUACUAAUGAAGAUCACAGUGCUUCUGCAGUUGACAAUGGAAUAUCUGUGAAGUUAUAUGUUCAGCAAAUGGAGAUUAUUGAGGACAAAACUGGCUCACUUUUACCAGAUUUGAAACACUCUUCUAGUUGUGAAGAUAUGUUGGUGACCUUGACCGAGUCAAAGUCACUUAAAAAGGAUAUGGUUGAAAUCAAUGAUGCAACUAUUAAGGUAGGAAUGGCUGGUGAGAGUUUCAAUGAAGCAGGAAUAACAGCUCCCAUGCUCAACAUUUCAGAUGCUGUUGGUGAAAAUGUGGUUAAGCCUACUCAAACUUGUGGGGAGGGUCAACUUCGUGGAGAGGAUAUCAUAUACAGUAAUAACAGCAUGGAAGAUGACCUAGCUUCUAGAGAACCUGUUAAUGCAUGACAUUGCAUUUUCUGCUAUAAAAGGAACUGUUUUCAUGGACAUCAAGGAUAGUUAGUAGUGGGCACUCAUUGGUAACAUUUAUGGAUUAACAAUGCUCCGUGGAUGGUCUAAAGGAGAGAUUGUUUGGCUGGCAGACUGGCAUGGAUGAAUUUUUAUUGUGGGCGUGGGCGAGGCACUGCUGGGAGCUUGGGACGGUCCGUGAGAAGCAUGGGACAGUUGGUUCUUAAGCUUUCCUGACUUUUGGUUCUCCUAUACUGAGGCUGUAGAUCAUGAAGCUUUCCUGACUUUUGGUUCUUCUAUACGACCCACAAUCUGGGUCAACAUUUUGUUGUAGAUAUACAUGUGUGGAAGUUUUCUGUUGGCCUCCUGGUCGACCCGAACUCCUUGUUAAGAGUUGGUAGCCAUGGUAUGCAUGUGGAAUUUUGUACCAUGUACAGAAAUUAGAGAAUGAAAAAGAAAAGCCAUGUGUUAACGGUUAUAAAUUGUUGCUUGUUUA